AUGCAGGCGGGAUUCGAAUCGAUGGCCGAGGAUGAAGAGGACUUGGAUCUUGGAAUCGCGACCGUUAUUCCUCGCGGGCUCCCGUCGCGCAGGCAGGGAGUCCAGUCGGGUCGAAGACGAGCAGUGAGGUUCGAUCCCGCAUCAGGCGGACUGGAGAUGAGUGGAGGGGAGGCAUCCGGAGGUGAUAUUAACGAAGGUGAGAGAAAGGAAGGGUUUGCAGACGGCGAAUCUGGCGCGGGAAGAGAGGGAGGAUGGAGACAGAAGGAACGGAGAGAGAAUGCUCCCCGUUCGCCUCCCCGUUCCGCUGCACGUUCCGCUGCUCAUUCCGCGGAGCGACGUAAAAAAGGGGAGGGGAGCAGAGGAGUGAAGGGCGGUGGGGGGUUGGAGGUGAUUGGGCAAGGCGGGAGGGAAUGGGGACAGCGAGGAGGGGGGUUGCGGCAGCAGGAGGGUGCAGUCAAGCGGCGCGGGAUUCAAGGGCCAGGGAGGCCCUCCGAGGAUACAGCAGGGGACUCAAGUGUCACCUUCCGGGAAGGUGCAGAGCAGGAGAGCGACGAGUCGAAGGAGGAGGAGAAGGAGGUGUUCAAGAUGGCACGGGUGGAGGCGGUGCGACUGCUCAGCUUCAAGCAGUGGUCGGAGGCGCAGCUGCGGCAGAAGCUGACAGCCAACCUGACCCAGCCGGAGCGGGCCCGGGGUUUGGCUAGGAGAGCAGGAGCAAGGCAGCCAUUUGGCAGCAUGCAACUGGAGCAGGCUGAUGCUGCCGUUGAUGCUGCCGUCAACUACAUGAAGCAGCUGGGCUUUGUGAAUGACACGGAGUACGCGGAGGCUUUCGCCCGAGGGAGGUUCAAGCAGCUGGGAUGGGGUCCAGCUCGCCUCAGAAUGGAGCUUAAAAGGCGAGGGGUCAGCGCUAGUGAUGUUAAUGCAGCUGUGGAUUCCGUCUACACUCUGAGCAGUUCAAGUGAGGACGUUUUUUAUAGCAGUGAUGAUGUUGGUGAGGAUUCGGAAGAUAGUGAAUAUGAAGAUGCAAGUCAAGCUGGACUCAGCAAAGAGGCGUGGCUUACAUUAACUGCUAAGGCCUCCAAAGUAAGCUUUGCCACUAUGGCCACCACCGAUCUUACCGUGGAGAAGACGGCCUCCGGCCGCGAGUACAAGGUCAAGGACAUGUCUUUGGCUGAUUUCGGCCGCAUGGAGCUCGAUCUCGCCGAGGUCGAGAUGCCUGGCCUCGUCGCUUGCCGCGAGGAGUUCGGCCCUUCCCAGCCAUUCAAGGGAGCUAAGAUCAGUGGAUCCCUCCACAUGACGGUUCAGACUGCCGUCCUCGUUGAGACCCUCACCGCGCUCGGCGCGGAGGUGAGAUGGUGCUCGUGCAACAUCUUCUCCACCCAGGACCACGCUGCAGCCGUCAUUGCCCGCGAUUCAGCCGCCGUGUUCGCCUGGAAGGGCGAGACCCUGCUGGAGUACUGGUGGUGCACUGAGCGCUGCCUCGACUGGGGCGUCGGCAGCGGCCCCGAUCUGAUCGUUGACGACGGUGGCGACGCCACUCUCCUGAUCCACGAGGGUGUGAAGGCCGAGAUCGAGUUCGAGAAGUCGGGCGCCGUGCCCGACCCCGAGUCGACGACCAACCCCGAGUUCCAGAUCGUGCUGACCAUCAUCCGCGACUCGCUCAAGGAGACGCCGACCAAGUACCGCGACAUGGCGAAGCGCAUCAUGGGUGUGUCGGAGGAGACCACCACCGGCGUCAAGAGGCUGUACCAGAUGCAGAUCAACGGCUCGCUGCUCUUCCCCGCCAUCAACGUCAACGACUCCGUCACCAAGAGCAAGUUCGACAACCUGUAUGGUUGCCGUCACUCUCUGCCCGACGGUCUCAUGAGGGCCACUGACGUCAUGAUUGCUGGCAAGACCGCUCUCGUGUGCGGAUACGGUGAUGUCGGCAAGGGCUGCGCCGCUGCUCUCAAGGCCGCUGGUGCCCGCGUUACAGUCACGGAGGUCGACCCCAUCUGCGCUCUCCAGGCGGCUAUGGAGGGUUUCGCCGUGAACACCCUGGCGAAUGUGGUUGGCGACACUGACAUCUUCGUUACCACCACUGGUAACAAGGACAUCAUCAUGGUCGAUGACAUGGUGAAGAUGAAGAACAACGCCAUUGUGUGCAACAUCGGUCACUUCGACAAUGAAAUCGACAUGGCCGGCCUGGAGAGCUACCCUGGCGCCAAGAAGGUGACCGUUAAGCCCCAGACGGACCGCUGGGUGUUCCCUGAGACCAACCGUGGCAUCAUCAUUCUGGCUGAGGGCCGCCUGAUGAACCUGGGAUGCGCCACUGGACACCCCAGCUUCGUGAUGUCGUGCUCGUUCACGAACCAGGUGAUUGCCCAGAUUGAGCUGUGGAAGGAGAAGGACUCGGGCAAGUACAAGAAGGAGGUGUAUGUCCUGCCCAAGCACCUGGAUGAGAAGGUGGCUGCCCUGCACUUGCCCAAGCUGGGGGCUGUGAUGACCAAGCUGAGCCCUGCUCAGGCUGAGUACAUCAAUGUUCCUGUGGAGGGCCCUUACAAGCCUGCCCACUACAGGUACUAG